GAAAAGCCUGCCCAUUGAGUGCCUGAAAAUGAGUGUGACUGGAUGUCUUAAGGUGAGAGUAAUAGGUAACACCUUGUACAUCGAUUUCAGCUUUAAAGAAGGUAACAAAAGGAAUCAGAAAACAUUUCUCUUUGAAGCAGUUACCUUAUUUCCCUACACAAAAGUUAGCUGCUGUCUGUGCCAGCCGUUCCUCACGAGACCAAGUGAGCCUUGGAAACGGUGUCCUGGAGAGAGAAGAGGCCUGCCCUAG